AUGGGAAUUUCUGUAGACUAUCCUAGUCCGCCUUUUGUACCUCGAAAGUAUCCAGAAUUGGCUGUAGAAAUGAAUGGAAAACUAGGCGCUGAACUGCAAACUUCUUCUGAAGAACAUAUCAGUGGAGAUAGCAGAGCUGCAAAUGGCUAUACAGAGCAUGAAAACUAUGAAGACACGUGCCCUCUGGAUCCGGCAGAGAGAGGCAAUGGCAGAAUGGGAGACCUUGGGACUGAUGAGGACCCUGAGGAUGCUGAAGAUUCGGACGACUGGGACAGGCGCGUAAUAGUGCGCAAACGAGAACUGGUCCCCGAAGAAGAGGCUAGAUUACCGUGGCAUGCACCACCUCUCGAGAUGUACAAAAGGGUUGCAGAAGCUAUACAUGGCUUGGAUAUGAUAAAGGAAGGCGACAAAAUCUUAGUAUGCUUAUCCGGUGGUAAAGAUUCACUCUCCUUGCUGCAUAUCCUGCAUUUUUAUCAAAUGAGAUGUAGAAAGAAUAAGAGUACAAAUUUCGAGCUCGGUGCUAUUACGGUAGAUCCUGGAUCAACAGCUUACAAUCCUCGCCCAUUGAUUGAAUAUUGUCGGUCAUUGAAUAUUGAUUACUUCUACGAAGAACAAGACAUCAUCGGACAUGCAAGAAAGAUAGAGAAUUUGCGAUCGAUUUGUGCAUACUGUAGCAGAAUGAAGAGAGGACGAUUAGCUGCCGCAGCUCAUCUUCAUGGAUGGAAUGUAUUGGCUAUGGGCCAACAUCUUGAUGAUGUGGUGGAGAGUUUCUUCAUCGCUGCCUUUCAAAAUGGUAAUUUGAGCACAAUGAAAGCCCACGAUGGAACGUUGAGAGUGAUUCGGCCGCUAAUCUUUGUUCGAGAACGGGCUCUGCGCGAGUUUGCCGAUUCUCGAGGUUUGCCAGUUGUCGCUGAAAAUUGUCCAGCGUGCUUUAAUCAAGCAACGGAAAGACACAGGAUCAAACAGGUACGAGAAAAGAAACUAUAAGG